GGAGGAGGAGGACGAGGAGGAGGACGACGAGGGGUGCAAAGGACUCUUUCCAAGCGAGCUGGACGACGACCUGGAGGACAGGCCCCCCGAGGCGCCUGGGGCCGUGGCGGGCAGCAGCAGCGAGAAGGACCUAGCUCUCUCAAACCAAAGCAUUUCUAACUCCCCCUUAAUGCCUAAUGUGCUCCAGACCCUGUCGAGGGGCGCAGCUUCUACUAGCUCUAAUUCUGCUUCUUCCUUUGUUGUCUUUGAUGGUGCGAACAGGAGGAAUCGUUUAAGCUUUAACAGUGAGGGCGUCAGGGCCAAUGUGGCAGAGGGCGGCAGGAGGCUGGACUUUGCUGACGAAAGUGCCAAUAGAGACAAUGCCACAGCACCAGAACCAAAUGAAAGCACAGAGGGUGACGAUGGGGGCUUCGUCCCCCAUCACCAGCAUGCUGGCUCCCUCUGCGAGCUUGGGGUUGGGGAGUGCCCCUCGGGGAGCGGCGUGGAGUGCCCCAAAUGCGACACGGUCCUGGGCUCCUCCCGCUCGCUGGGCGGCCACAUGACCAUGAUGCAUUCUCGUAACUCGUGUAAGACACUCAAGUGCCCCAAGUGCAACUGGCACUAUAAGUACCAGCAGACACUGGAGGCGCACAUGAAGGAGAAGCACCCGGAGCCAGGGGGCUCCUGUGUCUACUGCAAAAGCGGGCAGCCCCACCCUCGGUUGGCACGAGGCGAGAGCUACACAUGUGGUUACAAACCUUUCCGCUGUGAGGUGUGUAACUACUCCACAACUACCAAAGGCAACCUCAGUAUUCAUAUGCAGUCCGACAAGCAUCUCAACAACAUGCAGAACCUGCAAAAUGGGGGCGGGGAGCAGGUCUUCAGCCACACGGCUGGGGCGGCGGCCGCGGCAGCCGCAGCCGCCGCAGCAGCCGCCAACAUCGGUAGCUCCUGCGGGGCCCCCUCGCCCACCAAACCAAAAACCAAGCCCACCUGGCGGUGCGAAGUGUGUGAUUAUGAGACCAAUGUGGCCCGGAACCUCCGCAUCCACAUGACCAGCGAGAAGCACAUGCACAACAUGAUGCUGCUGCAACAGAACGUGACCCAGAUCCAGCACAGCCGCCACCUGGGCCUCGGCAGCCUGCCCUCGCCUGCCGAGGCUGAGCUCUACCAGUACUACCUGGCCCAGAACAUGAGCCUGCCCAGCCUGAAGGUGGACAGUGCCGCCUCAGAUGCCCAGUUCAUGAUGAGCGGAUUCCAGCUGGACCCUGCUGGGCCCGUGGCCGCCAUGACGCCCGCUCUAGUGGGCAGUGACGUCCCCCUAGACAUGCGGCUCGGGGGCGGGCAGCUGGUGUCCGAGGAGCUGAUGAACCUGGGCGAGAGCUUCAUCCAGACCAACGACCCAUCGCUAAAGCUUUUCCAGUGCGCCGUCUGCAACAAGUUCACCACGGACAACCUGGACAUGCUGGGGCUGCACAUGAACGUGGAGCGCAGCCUCCCUGAGGAGGAGUGGAAGGCCGUGAUGGGGGACUCGUACCAGUGCAAGCUCUGCCGCUACAACACCCAGCUCAAGGCCAACUUCCAACUGCACUGCAAGACGGACAAGCAUGUGCAGAAGUAUCAGCUGGUGGCCCACAUCAAGGAGGGCGGCAAAGCCAACGAGUGGCGGCUCAAGUGUGUGGCCAUCGGCAACCCCGUCCACCUCAAGUGCAAUGCCUGUGACUACUACACCAACAGCUUGGAGAAGCUGCGGCUGCACACGGUCAAUGCCAGGCACGAGGCCAGCCUGAAGCUGUACAAGCACCUGCAGCAGCACGAGAGUGGCGUGGAGGGUGAGGGCUGCUACUACCACUGCGCCCUGUGCAGCUACUCCACCAAGGCCAAGCUGAACCUCAUCCAGCACGUGCGCUCCAUGAAGCACCAGCGCAGCGAGAGCCUGCGCAAGCUGCAGCGGCUGCAGAAGGGCCUUCCCGAGGAGGACGAGGACCUGGGGCAGAUCUUCACCAUCCGCAGGUGCCCCUCCGCCGACCCGGGUGAGUGUCUCAUGGGCCUGGAGGUUGACCUCAGGGCUUCAGAGGUGCAGCCGGUCCUCAUGUCUGCUGCUGGCCUUGCAGGUCACCCCUUUCCAUACCUUUCCUCCUCCUCUUGAGGACGCCCCUUCCUA